AUGAGUUCUCUCUUUUGUUUCCAGAUUGAAGGUGCAUGGAAUCGUGACGGCAAGAUUUUUGAUGGAAAAAAUGGGGACAUUGCUACUAAUGCUUAUGAUCUUUACCAGGGUGAUGUAAACAACAUCGCUGAUCUUGGUCUUGAUGUUUAUCGAUUCUCAAUCGCAUGGAGCAGAAUAUUGCCAAGUGGUCAGUUAAAAGAUGGUGUGAAUCAAGCUGGAAUUGACUACUACAAUAAUUUCAUCAAUGCUCUCAUAGCAAAAGGAAUUGACCCUUGUGUGACUACUUUUCAUUGGGAUGUUCCCCAAGCUCUACAAUCUCUAUAUGGUGGAUUCCUGAGUCCCCGAAUAGUGAUUAAUUAUCGAAACUAUGUUGACAUCCUGUUCAAGAAUUUUGGCGAUCGGGUUAAGUUUUGGAUCACACUCAACGAACCAUUGUCUUUAAGUGAAAGUGGACAUACUUUGCCAUAUCUGGCACCUGGUCGAUGCACUAUAUGGGGAAACGUUGAUUGUACAGGUGGAGACGAAGGAAUAGAACCGUAUUUGGUGACACACCACCAACUUCUUUCCCAUGCAGCUGCUGUUGACUUGUAUAGGCAAAAAUAUCAGGAACUCCAAGGUGGGAUUAUAGGAAUCACACUCAAUAGCCAAUGGUUUCUACCAUUUAGGGAUGGAAAUGAAGAUGACCUGAAAGCAGCAGAAAUACAACUCGAUUUCACGUUUGGAUGGUUUAUGCGUCCAGUCACAUUGGGUGACUAUCCAGACACCAUGAAGGAAAGAGUAGGCGAAAGAUUACCAAGUUUCACUCCAGUGGAGAGUAGAAAGCUAGAGGGUUCGUACGACUUUCUUGGUUUGAAUUAUUAUACUGGAUCAUUCACCCACUUCCUUGACGAAGGUUAUGUACCACCACAUCCAAGCUACGUCACAGAUUCUGGAGUUAAUGUAACGGAAACUGAUAGUGAGGGCAAUCCCUUUGGUCUUGGACCAGCUGGUGUGUUUUGGCUUCAAGUAUAUCCUCGUGGAAUCAGAGACCUUCUGAACUACACGAAAGUGGUUUAUGAUAACCCAACAAUCUACAUCACGGAGAAUGGUGUAUGCACUAAUGACACACUAACCAAAGAGGAGUCCAUAAAUGAUACAAUUCGAAUUGAUUACACAGAAGACCAUUUGUGCUGUAUUCUUCAAGCAAUUGAGUAA